GCCCGGCUCUGGGCUGCCCGCUGCUCUGGCUCCUGGUCGGCGCUCCGGCGCGGCUCAGGCUCCGGAGGACAGGACCGCGACUGGCCGACUGAGCCCCGGGCGGGCCGCGAAGCAGGGCCCAGGAUGGUGCUCUCAGUGGCAGGGCUCCUUGUCUGCUACCUCCUGCAAACCGUCCUCUCCCUCAACCCCGAGGACCCCAACGUGUGCAGCCACUGGGAGAGCUAUGCCGUGACCGUCCAGGAAUCGUACGCACACCCGUUUGAUCAGAUCUACUACACGCGAUGCACAGACAUCCUCAACUGGUUCAAGUGUACCAGGCACCGGAUCAGUUAUAAGACAGCGUAUCGGCGUGGGCUCCGGACCAUGUACCGGCGGAGAUCCCAGUGCUGUCCUGGCUACUAUGAAAGCGGAGACUUCUGCAUACCCCUGUGUACAGAGGAAUGUGUGCACGGCCGCUGCGUUUCCCCGGACACCUGCCACUGUGAGCCCGGCUGGGGAGGGCCUGACUGCUCCAGCGGCUGCGACAGCGACCACUGGGGCCCCCACUGCAGCAACCGGUGCCAGUGCCAAAACGGAGCCCUGUGCAACCCCAUCACCGGCGCCUGCGUGUGUGCCGCCGGCUUCCGAGGCUGGCGCUGCGAGGAGCUCUGCGCGCCUGGCACCCACGGCAAGGGCUGCCAGCUGCCGUGCCAGUGCCACCACGGCACCAGCUGCGAUCCCCGCACCGGCGAGUGCCUCUGCUCGCCCGGCUAUACUGGCGUCUACUGCGAGGAGCUCUGCCCACCUGGGAGCCACGGGGCUCACUGUGAGCUGCGCUGCCCCUGCCAGAAUGGGGGUACCUGCCACCACAUCACUGGCGAGUGUGCCUGCCCCCCAGGCUGGAUGGGAGCAGUGUGUGCCCAGCCCUGCCCACCAGGGACAUUCGGCCAGAAUUGCAGCCAGGACUGUCCUUGCCACCACGGAGGGCAGUGUGACCACGUGACUGGGCAGUGCCACUGCACAGCCGGAUACAUGGGGGACAGGUGCCAAGAGGAAUGCCCCUUCGGGACCUUUGGCUUCCAGUGCUCCCUGCGCUGUGACUGCCACAACGGGGGUCAGUGUUCACCCACCACCGGUGCCUGCAAGUGUGAACCUGGCUACAAAGGCCCACGCUGCCAGGAGCGGCUGUGCCCCGAGGGCCUGCAUGGCCCAGGCUGCAGCUUGCCCUGCCCCUGUGAUGCCGACAACACCAUCAGCUGCCACCCAGUAACUGGAGCUUGCACCUGCCAGCCGGGGUGGUCUGGCCACCACUGCAAUGAAUCCUGCCCUGCUGGCUACUAUGGCGAUGGCUGCCAGCUGCCUUGCACCUGUCAGAACAGCGCCAACUGCCACAGCGUCACUGGGAGCUGCACUUGUGCCCCAGGCUUCAUGGGGGAGGUCUGUGCAGUUCCCUGUGCAGCAGGGACCUACGGCCCCAACUGCUCAUCUGUCUGUAGCUGUAACAGCGGUGGCACCUGCUCCCCAGUAGAUGGCUCCUGCACCUGCAAGGAGGGGUGGCAGGGCCUCGACUGCACCCUGCCGUGUCCCAGUGGGACAUGGGGCCUGAACUGCAACGAGAGCUGCACCUGUGCCAAUGGGGCGGCCUGCAGCCCCACCGAUGGUUCCUGCUUCUGCACCCCUGGCUGGCUGGGGGACAACUGCGAACUGCCCUGCCCGGAUGGCACAUUUGGGCUGAACUGCAGUGAGCGUUGUGACUGCAGCCACGCUGAUGGCUGCGAUCCCGUCACAGGCCACUGCUGCUGCCUGGCCGGAUGGACAGGCAUCCACUGUGACAGCACGUGUCCGCCCGGUCGUUGGGGCCCCAACUGCUCCGUGUCCUGCAGCUGCGAGAACGGCGGCUCCUGCUCCCCAGAGGAUGGGAGCUGCGAGUGUGCCCCGGGCUUCCGAGGACCCUUAUGCCAGAGAAUCUGCGCGCCUGGGUUCUAUGGCCACAGCUGCGCCCAGCCGUGCCCCCUCUGUGUGCACAGCAGCGGGCCCUGCCACCACGCCAGCGGCAUCUGUGAGUGCCUCCCCGGAUUCUCCGGAACCCUCUGCAACCAAGUGUGUGCUGGAGGGCACUUUGGGCAGGACUGUGCCCAGCUCUGCUCCUGUGCCAACAACGGGACCUGCAGCCCCAUCGACGGCUCCUGCCAGUGCUUCCCUGGGUGGAUUGGCAAGGACUGCUCACAGGCUUGCCCACCUGGGUUCUGGGGCCCCGCCUGCUUCCACACAUGCAGCUGCCACAACGGGGCGAGCUGUAGCGCCGAGGAUGGGGCCUGCCACUGUGCCCCUGGUUGGACCGGACUCUUCUGCACGCAGCGCUGCCCAGCAGCAUUUUAUGGGAAGGACUGCGGGCACGUGUGCCAGUGCCAGAAUGGUGCCAGCUGUGACCACAUCAGCGGCAAGUGUACCUGCCGCACGGGCUUCACCGGGCGACACUGUGAGCAGAGAUGUGCCCCAGGAACCUUUGGCUAUGGGUGUCAGCAGCUAUGUGAGUGCAUGAACAAUGCCACCUGUGACCAUGUCACAGGCACCUGUUAUUGCAGCUCUGGAUUCAAAGGGAUCAGGUGUGACCAAGCUGCCCUCAUGAUGGAGGAGCUAAAUCCCUACACCAAGAUCAGCCCAGCACUGGGUGCAGAGCGGCACUCGGUGGGUGCUGUCACAGGCAUCGUCCUCCUGUUGUUCCUCAUUGUGGUGCUGCUGGGCCUGUUCGCCUGGCACCGGCGGCGGCAGAAAGAGAAGGGCCGAGACCUGGCUCCCCGCGUCUCCUACACACCUGCCAUGAGGAUGACCAGCACUGACUACUCCCUCUCAGAUUUGUCUCAAAGUAGCAGCCAUGCCCAGUGCUUUUCCAAUUCCAGCUACCACGCACUGGCGUGCGGGGGGCCUAACACCAGCCAGGCCAGCACUCUGGACAGGAACAGCCCCACCAAGCUCAGUAACAAGUCCCUUGACAGAGACAUGGCAGGCUGGACCCCCUACAGCUAUGUGAACGUGUUAGACUCCCAUUUCCAGAUCAGUGCCCUGGAGGCCAGGUACCCGCCCGAGGACUUCUACAUUGAACUUAGACACCUCAGCCGCCCCGCUGAGCUACACUCACCAGGUGCUUGUGGAAUGGAUAGACGUCAGAACACAUACAUUAUGGACAAAGGCUUCAAAGAUUACAUGAAAGAAUCCGUAUGCAGUUCUAGCACUUGUUCCUUGAAUAGCAGUGAAAACCCUUAUGCCACAAUUAAGGACCUGCCCAUCCUCACCUGCACGCUUCCAGAAAGCAGCUAUGUAGAAAUGAAGUCGCCUGUGCACACGGGGUCUCCGUACACAGAUGUGCCAUCCUUGUCGACAUCUAAUAAAAAUAUAUAUGAAGUUGAGCCCACAGUCAGUGUGGUCCAAGAAGGCCGUGGUUGUAACUCCAGCUAUAUCCAGAAUCCAUACGACCUACCUAGGAACAGCCAUAUUCCUGGUCAUUAUAACCUCCUCCCAGUAAGACAGAGCCCUGCCAAUGGGCCGUCCCAGGACAAGCAGUCUUGA